UCCCGACAAGUAAAUAGCAGUUUCCCAUCCCAGCCUCAUUCUCCUCCAUUAAUGCCAAUGCACAGACACAGAGAGAGAGAGAGAAAGAGAAAGAGUAACUGAGUUGUAUUCAAUAUUCACAAUUUCUACCUCCAAAGAUUAAAAAGAGAGAAAGAAAAAAAAAGAAGCCUACACACCUUUCUCCCUAUUCCUUCUACUUCUGGCGCCAUUUGCACCUUCAAAACUCCAUCUUUUUUCUUUCUCUCCUUCCAUUUCUGGAAACACCCUCAUGGAACCAACAACAACAUUGAACAACAUCAUCAACAACAACAACACUGUUCCUGCAGGGUCACCACCACCACCACCACCACCCUCAGUGCCUCAGCCAAUGAACAUGAAUGUCAACAUGAACAUGAACGUGGGAAACACAGAAGGAACAACACCAGCAGUUCCAACACCAACACCCGCGCCAACACCAGCACCAACAACAAUGGUUCCUGCAGUGCCAGCUCCAACCACAACAACACCGGGGAGUUUGGAUUUGUUUGGGAAGAAGAAGAGAGGGAGGCCCAGAAAGUAUGAUGCAGAUGGGAACCUGAGAGUGAGUGCAACACCACCACCACCACCGGGUUUCACUUUGUCCACACCUUCUGAGUUCUCCUCUUCCAAAAGAGGGCGUGGUAAACACAACACAACUUUUGGCAACAACAACUACCAACAACUCUAUUCUUCUUUUGGUGAGGUGUUUGCAAACACAGCUGGUGGUGAUUUUGUACCGCAUGUGGUGACUGUUUAUACUGGAGAGGAUGUUGCUGGAAAGAUCGUGUCAUUUGCCCAGAAGGGUCCAAGAGGAAUAUGCAUUCUCUCUGCCAAUGGAGCUAUCUCGAAUGUCACCAUACGCCAACCUGGUUCUUCUGGUGGCAUAUUGACUUAUGAGGGUCGGUUUGAGAUUUUAUCUUUGUCUGGAUCAUUCACAGUUGCUGACAACAGUGGCAUGAAAAGCCGAACUGGUGGAUUGAGUGUCUCACUUGCUGGUCCUGAUGGUCGGGUGAUAGGUGGUGGUGUUGCUGGACUUUUAACUGCUGCUGGCCCCAUCCAGAUUGUUGUAGGAAGCUUCAUGCAAAAUGGUUACAAGGCCCAAAAGAGGAAGUACCAACGUGAACAACAGAUAGUGGUCACCCCUACUUCAGCUGGUCCAGAAAUAGUGACAGCAGUAAGACCUAUCUCACAAACAAAUGCUGAUGGUGAAAACUUUCUGAUACCUAUGUCUCAAAUACCAGACCAAAACCAGAGAGAAUCUGUCAGUGUUUCAAGUGACAAACAGAACCUAGAUGCUACUCCUGAUGCUGCUACUUGGAAUGGUUCUGAGGAAUAUUCAGACCAGAGGACUUCCCCAGACAUCAACAUAUCUUUGCCAGAUGAAUAGAACAAGGUGAUGCAGAGGCUGACAUGGUAGUAACUGAGUGAAACUAACACCGGAACUUUGUCAUGACAACUACUAGGUUAUAUGACAUGAUGUACAGUUGUCAGAAAUUAGAAAGGAUCAUUAUUAAGGCAUCAUUAUUUUUCCAUUUUAUAUUUUCUGUUGAACAGUUAUAAGUUUUUCUUUCUUCUUGAGGUGGAUGAGAUGAUCAAAGACUUGGUAGGCUAUUUAUGAUUCUGUCGGGAUUGUUCGGUAAAAUUAUUUGUAAUUUUUAACUUUUUGCACAUCUGGGAAACUUCUAAGAGUUUUUCUCAUUAUCGUGGAUCCGAGAACUAUAUACAUAAAAGUUACUUCUGAUA